AUGAUUUACUCAGUUACUCGUCUGUUCUUCAUUGUUGUCGUUGUCGUUGUCGUUGUCCCUUCUGUCUCUGCCCACAUUGCCUUCUGGCAUCCGAGCAUGUGGGGCUUCAACGUCACAGACAAGGACCCAGCGUAUUCUUACGACAACCGUCCUGUUGUUCCCCUGGCGCGUAUGACGUUUGACAAGUGGUGGUUUCACAACCACCUUCGGUAUCCUCCGCACCCAAAUGAUGUCUUUGAACUGCCCGCUGGGAAAGCUGCCAUUGCAGAACUCGGGUGCAACAAAGGCGCGACGACAUGGUGGAAUUCGUCCGAAGGCGGAGAUGUUCGUCAGGGGGACUGGCCUUGCCCCGGAUCCACUUCUGCCCAGUUCCAUACUACAGGUAUCGACGACGUAAAAGGUUGUGCACUUGCCAUUGUUUAUGAAUCGGACGUCAGCAAGAUCAAACCAGAGGACUUUACAGUCUUUAGCGUCAACCAGACUUGCGUCUGGCACAGAUUCACCGCAUUCCAGGUUCCCGCUGACAUGCCUGCCUGUCCCGGCGGAAAAUGCACGUGUGCAUGGUUCUGGAUCCACUCUCCUGAUAGCGGUUCUGAACAGAUGUAUAUGAAUGCCUUCCAGUGCACAGUAGCGGGUUCUAAGCACGAUGCACCAGCUCUCAUGAAGCCUCAAGUUGCAAGACGCUGCGGAGCAGAUCCUGAACACGGAAUCACCCACUCCACCCCUAGCAACUGUACGCACGGGGCGAAGCAGCCAUUGUACUGGCUGCAAGAUGAAGACAACAACAUGUUUGAGGACUACAUGGGUCCUCCUUUUUAUAACGACCUUUAUGAUUUUAAAGAUGGAGCUCAGAACGACAUAUUCAUGACGAACACGAAAAAUGCUGUUCAGAGUCAAAAGCGGGAUAUGUAUCAGCCGUCUCGCUUCUCAAGGUUUUGGGGCAAUGAACUUCGUGCUUCGAGGGAGGCGAUGACAGAGGGCGUUUAGGAAGGAUGCAUCGUAUGCUUAACUUACCUUGUAAUUUGGAAUCACUUCGGAUUUCAUGCG